AUGCAUUAUUCGCCCAUUGGCUUUCUUUUCCAAAUCAAACUGAAACCAAAGAUACACAGAAGAAAACACCUAUCUUCUUUUCUUUGUGAUUCAUUGGUAAUGGCUCAAAAUGAUAGAAAUACAAGGAUUGCUCAAAAGGCGUUUGAGAUGGUCGAUAAGGUGUACGGCCCCAUUAAACCUUCCCACGGCGCUGGUGGUGGACGUCCUUUAAUCGGUCAUGCCAACCGGUUUGAGAGGCCAAAAGGGCGGGCUAUUAACUGCGAUGAGGCGUUCCAACUUUGUGGAGGGGUGCUUAUAAAGGAGUUUCGUAAGUAAGCGACACAAGAUGAGUUUGUAAGAUGGUAUAUAUAUAUAUAUGUAUUUUUUUUUUUAAUUCUGCUUCCAGAAAAUAAUGUAGACCAACACAUGCUAAAGCUUGUUGUCAAGGCUUUCACUUAGAAUAAGUUUUAGAUCACUACCAAGUGUUGUGUCCGUUAUGUAUCUACUAGUACUGUAAGUGAUUUGAUGAAGCUUAUGUAAUGUAAAAUAAUUACGGUUUUACUACUAAUAAUGGAAUUCUAUAUGUUAAUGUAAA